AUGAGAAUAUGGGAAUUUGACAGGAUUGGUGGAAUUGCUUCUGAACGGUUUGAUAUCAAUCAAGAUGGAGCACUUCAGUUUGUGACCACAAUUCUUGGGUUUCUCUGCAUGGACCACGAAGAGCUUGGAUUCGACCCAACAAUUAUGACCUUGCAUGGAGAGCGUUAUAUCGAGGUCGAACGAGAUGGACAGAUUGAGCGUAUCAUCAUUGAUCAAGUCAUGAAGCGCACAUGCUGCAUCGCUGGCCGGGCAACCACGUGCUGGAAGGCUCAUCGUGAAGGAGAUACGACACCGCUUGUCAUUAAGGAUUCUUGGCAAUACACAGAUCGGGUUGAAGAGGGUGAAAUCCUCCAACAGGCUACUACCAAUGGCGUGAUUAAUGUUGCUCGACUCUGUUAUCAUGAGACUGUUCGCAUCCGCGGCGCCGAUGACGAUAUUCAAGUUAAUAUUCGGAAAGGACUGGAUAUCACGAAAGCUACGAAUUACAGAUCAGGACGAUCACUAUUUCCACCCAGUACCAGGACUACUGGCGCCCAGUCUAAAAGCAGAAGCCGUAGCACUGGAUUGAAACGAUCCUCCAGUGAGAUCAAUGCUGACUUACCUUCCAGUUCAAAUAAGAGGUCCUGUCCUACAUCACGAGCAGAUGCUACCGACAAAACACCAUCGAACCGAGUAUACCGAAGGAUAAUUCUUCGUGAUUUUGGAAGUCCAAUCUACAAGGCAAGCUCGCAGGUUGCUUUGCUUGCUGCGUUGCAGGGCUGUAUUCAAGGACACGAGUCUUUACUGGACGCUGGUUUCCUCCAUAGAGAUAUCUCAAUUAACAAUCUAGUGAUAAAUGAGGCAAACAAAUUUUCUCCACCUGCGUUUUUACUUGAUUUUUGGGUCCUAUUCUGGAUAUGCAUUCACUAUAAUGGACCGACAGAGCGCGCUAGAGUUGUCCCCAUUUAUGACAAAUGGAAUUAUUUGGAUACUCGAGAGUUAGCUCGGAACAAGACGGGCCUGGUUGCCGUUGAGCGCCAAUUCCUUAGGGAUAUUUCUGAAUCAUUUACCCCUUACUAUCAAUGUCUGGCUCAAUGUGUCAACAGGUUGCGACGUUUGGUGUUUCCAAUGCACAGUCCAUGGGAGCGGGAAGACCGAGAAUUAUAUUCGAAGAUGAGACAAGCUCUUGAAGCCGCACAGGAAGAACUCACACGCCAGGGCGUCUAA